AGUUGUUUGGUUGGCAAAACCAUGGGAAUUUUACACUUCCUAGGAAUUUCAAAUACAUGGAAAAAAUAACUUCCUAGGAAGUAUGACUUCCUAUAUACAACCAAACAAGGCCUAACUCAGAUGCUAUUGCUAGAGGUACUAUACACAAAUGCUAUUGGACUGAAAUAGAACCAUAGUCACAAAACUCAUUUAUUCUACUAAAUCAUUUAUUUUAUAUCAAUCACAAGAUUAAUGGGAGAAAAACCAUUAGAAUUCAUGAUAAUUUUAUCGUCAUUCGCAAUAACAAAAUGUCUUGUUAUGAUCAACCAUUCUCCAAAUGUUAUUGGAGAAUUUGUAAUUAACUAGAGUACUUGUAAAGGUUAUUGUAAAAAGAGUCACUUGAAAAUAACAUAAUUGACGAAUUUAAAACCUUUCAUAGAGUAACUUUUUGAGGUGGUUAGAGGUACUGACAGAUGCAUAUAUUAUUAUGGGUAUCAUUUGUACUUAAAACAAUGCAAUCAAUUACUCACUAAUAGAAUCAAAUAAAAAUCCAUAUUAUUUAACAAUUCCUUAAUAUCAUCCGUGUUUUCAAAUAUUAAGAUGGAUGUGUUGCUAUGUGGUAUAAGGAUUACCGAAAUCAUGUAUUCAUUUUUUGUUUUUGAGAUGAUCAGAUUUUUUUCAUCAAAAAAAGUGUGGCAAUAAGGCAAAUACUUUCAUAAUAACUGUAACGAAUGUGUAUUAUUUGUGAAGUACAAAAUAUUCCGUUAUUGAAGUUAUUUUGGUAGGGAAAAGAUUGAGUAAACUAAAAAAGCUCCCAUGCAUUUGGGAAUUGAGAUUUUGUUCCACAUCAUAAAGUCAUAAACUCAACUCAAAUCUCAAUUAUCGUCCUCACCCAGGUUCUCUUCUUCUUCACCUGUUUUUAUCUUCAUACUCUUUUAAUAAUAAUAAUGUCUUCAGUUUUGAUGCUUCAUCUGUUACUUGUUGGAUGCAUAUUUUCCAUUUUAUUCUUCUUUAUUUGUUAUAUAUCUUUGAUUUCAUUAUCUCAUAUAUAAUUUCUUGUACUUUGUGAAUCUCUUUUUUUAUUUGCAUAUUACAAUAGAAUAAUUCUGUUUAAGAUUGCUGCAUUGUUCUGAAAAAUGAGAUAUAAUCGAACUCAUAGUCCUGAAAAUCGAAUCAAAAUCUUGUCUUUUUUGUUAACACCUUACUGAUGAAAUCAGAAAUUACAGAACUUUUUUUUUUGGGCUUAGGAUCUGCUUUAUUCUUCUCUAUGAUCUGUGAGAAUGUAGUUGAUAUCUGGGUGCUAGAAACUAGAUUCAUGCAAUUGCAAUGUGAUAGUAUUUUCCUUUAAAAUUUUGUAUAUUUUGGUCCACAAAUCAUUAUUUAUAUUAAAUGUUCCACCAAAUUUUGCUUAUUAUGUUAUGCAGUAAUCAUUCACUUUCUAAAUACACCAGAAAAGGAACUUCUGGUUCACAUUUGUCCUCAAAAUUCAGCUUUUGGAGGUUUUUAUCUCUAAGUACUCCUAUAAAGUGCAACACAAGUUUUUCAUAACCAAUUCCAAUAACAAUGUGGCACUAAAUAACAGUGGGACUACUGUCAGAUUGUUGGGAGUUAAAAGGAAGUGAAAAUGGGGCUUUCUUUCACCAAGCUGUUCAGCAGACUUUUCUCUAAGAAAGAGAUGCGUAUACUUAUGGUAGGUCUCGAUGCAGCUGGUAAGACUACCAUCUUGUACAAGCUCAAGUUGGGAGAAAUUGUAACCACCAUCCCAACCAUUGGAUUUAAUGUAGAGACUGUGGAGUACAAGAACAUCAGCUUCACUGUUUGGGAUGUCGGAGGUCAAGAUAAGAUCCUCCCCUUGUGAAGACACUACUUCCAGAACACACAAGGACUCAUCUUUGUGGUUGACAGUAAUGACCGAGACCGUGUGGUUGAAGCGAGGGAUGAGCUUCACAGGAUGCUGAAUGAGGAUGAAUUGAGGGAUGCUGUUCUGCUAGUGUUUGCUAACAAGCAAGAUCUCCCUAAUGCAAUGAAUGCUGCAGAAAUUACUGACAAGCUCAGCCUCCACUCUCUUCGACAACGACACUGGUAUAUCCAGAGUACAUGUGCUACUUCAGGUGAAGGGCUGUAUGAAGGUCUCGAUUGGCUAUCAAACAACAUAGCGGGCAAGGCUUAAAUGAGUACUUCCCCUGGUUAACAUCUGAAAUGAGGGUAAUUGAAUCUUCCCCAGCAUUGAUAAGACUCCUAUCAUCACAUUUACGUUUUUUUUUUUGUCAUAGCGUAUUUUUUUAUAUGGCGUUAUGCCAUUUGCUUCUUGUAGCCUAAGUUUGAGACAUGAGACUAAUUGCUACAGUAUUAUUUACUCGGAGCUAUUCUCGACCUCGCUCUGCGGAGCCCUGUUCUGUGAGUCGUAAUGUUAAUAUAAGUUAGAAUUUCAAUGA